AUGGCGGCCGCCAGGGCCGGGCGGGCGCUGAGGGCGGGGGCGAACUGCUGCCGCUGCUCCUCCUCGGGCGGCGGCGCGGAGCGGCCGGGCGGAGCGGGCCCGGGUUUCCGCCCGCCGGCGCACUCCCGCCACGACUGGAUCGGGCCCCCCGACAGGCUCUCGAACCUGCGGCCGGUGAUCUUCCACGUGCCGCAGGACGAGUCCGCCCUGGAGCGGCGCCUGCGGGAGGCGAGGCAGGACACGCAGGCCUGGAACCAGCAGUUCUGGGCCCGGCAGAACGCCUCCUUCCAGCAGGAAAAAGAAGAAUUUAUUUAUUCAAGACUGAAAGCCAAAGGUCUGGCAGUGAGAGAUGAAACAGGUCAAAAAGCAACACUGAAUGCAGAAGAAAUGGCUGACUUUUACAAGGACUUCCUAAGUAAAAAUUUUAGAAAGCAUAUGCAUUAUAACAGAGAUUGGUAUAAACGUAACUUUACAAUCACAUUCCUCAUGGGACAAGUAGCACUGGUGAGAGCUCUGAGGUGGCUUCGCUGGAAAAAGAAAAAUGUUGGAAAUUAGUGAUCUCAGCUCCAUGAAGAAUGCAACACUAGCCAGGUCUGCUAUAAGCAUGUUAAUGGUUACGUUCAGAAUCUGAAUGUCUAAUAUAGUAAUUGCUUGCAUCUGUUUGUUAGACUAUGUAAAUAAAGGUUGCUAUUGGUCUUAAUUUAUAAUCGCUA